AUGAGCGAUCCGAACAACCCCAACAUCCAGGACCGAACAUCGCCCCAAUGGGCUCUCUACCAACGCGAGAACUUCCUCAAGCUAAACGAAGGCAAAACAGCCCCAUUCAACACCGAUCCAACAAAACUCGAACAGAAAGCGCGCGAAACCCUCAGCCUAGGAGGCUGGUACUACGCCUCCUCCAACGCCGGUCUCUCAACAACACACCUCGCAAACCGGCAGGCCUUCUACCGGCAUCGCAUAGUCCCCAACCAGCUCGUGGACACGAACCACCGCGACACAACAACCGAGAUCUUCGGCCACCGCGCGUCCGCACCUAUCGGCUUCGCGCCUAUCGGGAUAAACAAGAUCUACCACCCAUCCGCCGAACUCGCCGUCGCGAAAGUCGCCGGCGAGCUGAACCUGCCCUACUGCCUUUCGACGGCAGGGAGCUCGCCGAUUGAGAAAGUCGGGGAAGCGAAUGGGGAAGGAAACCCGCGGUUCUACCAGCUUUAUAUGCCGCAUGAUGACGAGCUGACGGUGUCGCUGCUGACGAGGGCGUGGAAGUCCGGGUUCGACGCGUGCAUGUUGACGACGGAUACGUGGCAGCUGGGGUGGCGGCAUGAUGAUGUCGCGAACUCGAACUAUGCGUUUUAUCGGGGCAUGGGUGCGGAUUUGGGGCUGAGUGAUCCUGUCUUCCAGAAGCGGUGUCGCGAGGAGGGGAUUGAUGUGGAGAAGGACGUUGUAGCGGCAUCGGUCAAGUGGAUUGAUUCGGUGUGGCAUGGGCGAGCUUGGUCAUGGGAUAAGAUCCCGUGGUUGAUUAAGACGUGGAAAGAGAUUUCGGGGGGCAGGCCGUUUGUGAUUAAGGGGAUUCAGUCGGUAGCGGAUGCGAAGAAGUGUGUUGAAUAUGGGGUUGAUGGUAUUGUGGUGAGUAACCAUGCUGGGAGACAGGUGGAUGGGGCGAUUGCGAGCUUGGAUGCGCUGGAGAAUAUUGUUGGCGCGGUGGGCGAGCAGUUGUAUAUUAUGUACGAUUCUGGGGUGAGAGGGGCAAGUGAUGUUGCAAAGGCCCUGGCUUUGGGUGCGAAGUUUGUGUUCGUUGGGCGACUUUGGAUCUGGGGGCUUAGUAUUAUGGGUGAGGAGGGGGUGCGCCAUGUCAUGAAGUCGCUUUUGGCAGACUUUGAUAUCCUCAUGGCGGUUGGUGGGUUCAACAGUGUGAAGGACUUUGAUAAGUCCAUCUUAGAAUCGUACCCGAAGUCGUAUUCGUUGAUUCCAGACAGAGUGCUAUGA